CGAAUUUUUUUCCCCUCGUCUCGUAACGUCAAGUGGAGUAGCUUUUCGCGUUUGAUAUAAAGACGAAGCUUUCUGUACCCGCACUGGGUCUAUACGUGACAAGAAAUAAAAGUUAGACGAAGAGUAAUGAGAAUUAAGAGAGAAUCUAGACAAAACUGUCGUACGUAUCUCGCUUGAAAUUCACAAUAGAAAUGACGUAUCCCGGGCUGGUACUCCUUGUUGGAGUAGGAAUUGGUUUAGCGACGUUUUUGUAUUAUAUGUUCGCUGAAAAUGAAAGCGAGACUGAACAGAGACAACAAUAUAACUAUGCAGAUGAUAGGACAUCGGAUCAUUACGACGACUGGAUGUCUUCACCUGCUUCGUCACAUAGUGGUAGAUUAAAUAGGAGAAACUUGUCAAAUUCUUCAGUGGAAAGUGGCAAAGGAAGAAAUCACACGAGUAAAGAAGACAUAACCAAUUGUUCAAUCUGCCAAUAUGCGUUAGUUGGAUCAGAUGUGAUACAACUACAAUGUAGACAUAAUUUUCACAAGGAUUGCAUUAAGAAGUUGAGAUCUUAUACUCCUAGGGCUGUUUGUCCAAAUUGCAGAAGAAGCAUCGCGCGCACAACAUAGAUUUAUCAUAUACACUGUACAGCUUCCUUUGGAGCAUUUUUUAUAGCCGUUGAUAAAUGUUAAUGUUUAUUUUUGUCAUGGUUGUAUCAUAUAAUAUACACAUACACACACACAAGCUCGAAGUACUACUUAGAAUUUAUGAAACUGUUAUAAUUUUUUUACACUAGAUACCUCUUGUUGAAUUAAUCGAGAUGUUUUUGCAAAGUCUGACUACUUUGUAUGAAAUAGAAGAAAAGCUUCAUAAGAAUUAUGACAGGAGAGUUGUAGGAAAACUUUUUUAUUUGUUCUAUUUUUAUUUGUUUUUAUCUAAAUUUGCUGAUUGCAUAAAUUGUAUAAGUUGAUAGUGUAUUAAUUUGAUAAUUGUAUGUUAAGAUGAACAAUGAUAUAAUUUACUACAGUAUGAACAUAUAAAUCCAAAUGUGUUAUAUACAGAUCUUUUAUAGAAGGUACCCAUUAAAUGAGUAUCCAAUUAAAUUAUUUUUCUUUUAGUUUGGUUUACUUAUAUAUUUAUGUAUAAUUAUAUAUAAACUUUAUAUCCAUACAUAUAUAGUUUAUAUAUUAAUUAUAUAUAAAUGUGCUAUAUAUCAUAAGAAAUUAUGUAUAUAUAUACAUAUAUCAGUAAAGUAUAAUGUUGCGUGGGCACCUCAUUAGCUUAGCUAAAUGAGGCUAAACGUUUAAAUUAUUUUUCUUUAGAGCUUGUUUUAGGGUUGAUUUUCUCUGUAUCCAGCGAACGCUAUUUACACGAUUGCUCACACCGAUGCGUAAGAAAUUAGUACACCACUAAUUCGCGAUGAAAUAAAUUAAUUAGUAAGAUUAAUUGUUAAGCAAUUGUGUGAAUUGUACGAAACUGAGUUGUAUGAAUUAUUGAAACGAAUAUAAUGAUAUGUGCUACA